CCAAACCAAACAAGAUCCGAAGUUAAAAAUUCGGUUCGUUCGUAUUUCCCAAUAUUGAAAGAUCCGAAAUCCGAAUGGCCACGAAAUACUAGGUCUCACUGGGCCGAUUUGAGUUAAAAGCCCAUACAGCCCAGUAUAAAAUCUUAUCUUCCCCAAACUCUUUCAACGAUUUUGAUUUUGAAUUUGAAAAGAAGCGGAAGCGAGAGCAAGAGCGAGAUUUAGAGAUGGAGGAUUCAGGUGCGAUUCUAUGUCAGAUCUCCAUUUUCAAGGACAUGCUUGAUCAGGUCAAUCGGGAAAUCGAAGCGAACAUUCAAGUGACGCGAGAGAUCGAAUCACAUAUCGGAAAUUGUUCUGAGAUGGAAUCUUCUCUAUCUGUUAAAGAAGCUGAGCUUACUAAAUCGUUCAUUGCUUCUCAGUUCGAGAUCAGCGGUUUGAUCUCUGUAACAGCUGAUUCAAGAAACUCUCUGAAGCUACUGGAGGAUGAUAUUUGUCGCCUGAGAAAUGAGCACAGUGAGCUAAUUACAAGGCUAACCGAGAAGCGGGAAGGGUUUGUGAAGAUGUGUUUUGGAUUCCAAAGGGAGAUUGAAGACAGUGAAUUUAGGAGUUUAUUGUCGGAGAAGGAGUUUCUAGAAAACGAAGUUCGGAUUUUGGAGAAGAAAAACAUGGAUGUGAAGAACUCUAUUUCGGCUUACAUGGAAGAUGAAAUGAGGAAUCUAUUAUCUGAUUAGUGUUUCUGGAAUAUGAUACUUUUUAGCGACUGGAUUGGAAUGUAAGUACUACUACUAGUGUCACUUGAUCUUUAACCAAACAAAGAAGAAAAGUUCUUUUGGCUCA